CCAGAGUGCAGUUACAGGGAAGCGGAUGACAGUCAGUCUGCUUCAAAGCGCAACCAAACGCGUCCAAACACACAAUCACACUAUGGCAACAGCGCGGCUUUGUGUCCUGGUUGUUGUCCUCUCUGCGACUUCAGCAGAAGACUUUAAAUUAAAAUACAAACCAUCCACGAAACCUGUCCGAUUAUUCACCGAGGAGGAGCUGAAGAGAUACGACGGCAGCGUGGAGGGACACCCUAUCUACAUGGCAGUAAAAGGAGUAGUGUUUGAUGUCACCAAGGGAAAAGAGUUUUAUGGAAAAGGUGCAGCCUACAACGCCCUAGUAGGCAAGGACUCCACGCGAGCUGUGGCUAAGAUGUCCCUGGACCCAGCAGACCUGACAUCAGAUACUACGGGCCUCACUGACGAGCAGCUGGAGUCUCUGGAUAGUAUAUUUGAAGAGACGUACAAAACAAAGUAUCCCAUCGUGGGUUACACAGCAUCACGCAUCCUCACGGACGAUGGAAGUCCCAACGCAGCCUUCAAACCAGAGGACCAGCCUCAUUUUCAAAUCAAAGAUGAGUUUUAAUCUCAUUUUACCUUUUUGUAAAACAUAGUUGUGAAAAAAAGUAUUUUUGCUUUUUUAAUAUUUUCUCUUUACUUGACCAGAAUCGGAGCGUAAUAUGCCGAGUGCAAUAUGUGUACAAGAGACGAGCAAAAUACAUAAUGAUACAAACACUUUGUAUUCACAUUUACGUCAACCAAAGGUUUACAUGAUCCUCUGUUAUCUGUGGGAACAUCCUUCUCGUCUCAAACUACACACGGUCAUUCUGCACAGUGGAACUCAAAUGAAGUAGAAAUAAGCCAAAUACCUUUUUGAAUGGAGAGGUAUUGCAGUGCAUUAUAUGUGGUUACAGCGAUAGUCUUUUACAUUUUUCAGGGCAAUAAAAAACAAAUAAACUGAGUGAAUGAACAUACAGGAACGUAACUUGAUUCGUUCCAUAGAAAGACAUAAACACAAAACACCAUCUAUCUAUUUAGAAAAGGAAGAGUGAGCCGACACACCAGAUGUAAUUAACAAACGAAACAUCGCCCCUCAGGAUUUUCAUCAGAAAAUAGUGAAAAAUUCUCAGGACUUCUUUCCAAACCCAUGAUAAUCUCUUCAAAUGUCUUGUUUUGUCCAGACCCCAACAUGUUAAAUUUACAGUGAUUAAAUGUUUAAAAAGAAAAGAAAAGCAGAACGUUGUCACAUUGAGAAGCUGGAGCCAAAAAAUAUCUGGCCUUGUUGCUUGAUACAUGAUUGUUGCCGAUUCACUUUCUUUCCAUGAAUUGCUUAAUUAAACUCUAGAUUUUAGUACAACAUGUUGUUAUUGAAUGCAUCGUCCAGCAGAGUAUCUAUGUAAUUAAAAACCACUGAAUCUGCAGCUCUGUGAAUGUUUUCUACCUUAUGUUGUUUUUGUACAAUUAUCAUUAAAGUCUGUAAAUCUCAAA